AGCUGCUCACCUGGGAUGUUAGUGGCAGCCAUGCGAGGAGUGCAGAGGGAAAUCAUACUUUCCUAGUGAAAGUGGUGCUGUUUGUGGAUUCCAGACGGAAAGAAUUCGUUCUGCUGUCGAGUACGGAAUACUGACAUUAGUGACGACUUGGUCAGUAUCGGGAAUACGAUCUUCAUUAAUCAGCCCGAAAGCUUGGUUUUACAAGAGGAUAGCUGGUUAUAUAUCUGUUGCACCUUUGCACGUUUAUUGGUUCAAGCGACAAAGCCAUGUUUUGCCGAAAUCAGACAACAAGGGCUACAGUGGCGAGGGGGUCUGCCCUGGAAAUGGAGAUACGACGGGGGAAGUUCAGGAUGAGUAUAUUCAUGGAUUCAUCUCAGGACAGUGACAUCCAGAAGAAGAUAGACCAUGAGAUCCGGAUGCGAGAGGGGACCUGCAAGCUGCUGGGAGCUUGUUCCCAGAAAGACCAGGCGCUGGAGGCCUCCAAGAGCUUGCUGACCUGCAACACACGCAUCCUAGCCUACAUGUCAGAACUGCAGCGCAUGAAGGAGGCCCAGAUCUUACAGAGGGCAACACGCAGACCAUCGGACUCAGCACCACCAGAUGAACGCCUUCCCUGCAAGGGAAAAGUAGCCAUCUCAGAUCUACGCAUCCCACUGAUGUGGAAAGACACAGAAUACUUCAAGAAUAAGGGAGAGCUCCACCGCUGUGCUGUCUUCUGCUUACUGCAGCUGGGGGGUGAGAUCUACGACACAGACAUGGUGAUGGUAGAUCGUACUAUGACGGACAUUUGCUUCGACAACACCAUCAUCUUCCAAGAGGCCUGCCCUGGGUUUGAGCUGCGAUUGGAGCUUUACAGCUGCUGCUCAGAGGACGAGUCAUCCACGGGCAGUGCACCCCGAAAGCUGGCCAGCAAGCUUGGCAGCUCCCUGAGUCGCUCAUCUGGGAAGAAGUUCCGGUCAGGGCUGGAACCCGGGGGAGGCAGCCCGGUCAGCAACGGGGGAGGGGCCCCACUGUUGCUGCCUGCACCCUCCAACUCUGGACCCAAGUACCACCUGCUGGCCCACACCUCUCUGACGCUGGCUCAUGUGCAGGAUGCUUUCCGUACACAUGAUCUGUCUAUCACUGGAAAUGAGGAGUGCUCGUACUGGCUGCCCCUUUAUGGAAGUGCGUGCUGUCGCCUGGUGUCGCAGCCUCGCUGCAUGACUGAGCAGAUGAUGAGCGGCCGCCUCAAGGUCAAGCAACUAGGAGGUGACAGCCAAAGUUGUAAGACCACAUACAGUGUCCUGAGAGCGACAAAACUCUUCUGCUAUCUUCGGGAAGACAAUGUUGAAGCUGAAGUGGAGCCCGCUUUCACAAUCGCCAUUAACAAGGAAACGAGGAUCCGUGCCGCGGAGAAAGAUCCACAUGGCAAAGCUCAAAGCAUCUGCAUCAGCAACCGCUACAGGGGAGAGGAAGUGACUCAGGUGCUGAGCGCUGAGCGGCAAGAGGACACACAGCGCUGGAUGGAGGCCUUCUGCCAGCAUUUCUAUGACAUGAGCCAGUGGAAGCAGUGUUGUGACGACCUGAUGAAAAUCAAUGUGCCAUUGCCACGGAAACCUACGGCAAUCAUGGCUAAGCAGGGCUCACUAUACCAUGAGAUGAUUAUUGACACGUCAGAUGACAUUGGGACGGUGACAGACAUUCUGGCGAGGCGCGUGAAGGAGGAGUCAUUUCUGAGCCACCCUGAAGGACCCCUUCAUUGGAUGUCCUUGUUUGGGGAGUCUCCACCCCUCUCCCAUUCUCUCCAGGGAGCUGGACUCAGCCCUCGUCUUUACUGCCGCAGCCCUCAUAGCCCGGGCCACCAUCAGCGUGGCCAGCUUUCAGACAGCCCUGGAUCGCCGCUAUUCCCCCGCUCACGCCCCCGCACCCUCUCCCUGGAUGCCAAGCUCAGCACCCAUAGGGGCUGCGGCUAUGGGAGCUCGUCAGCUCAGACCCCUCAGCCGAUCCCUUCCUGCUCCAGCUCAACCUCCAGUCAUAGCUCCAGUGAGGGCAGCACCGCUUCGGAGACUGACAGCGCGCCCUUCCCUCACGGUACCACAGCACGCCGCAGCCUGAGAAACCUGCGGGCAAAGCUUGACCCCCGUAACUGGUUGCAGAGUCAGGUAUAAUGCCCCCCCCCCUCCUCCCAAAAAUGUGGUGUUUGUAUACCUGAAGAUAGAUUGAAUGGCUGCUCCAUCGUGCACAUAAAAUGGCUGGUUACAUGGCCAUUAUGUCUCCCUUCAUGGUAAAUGGAUUGCAUUUAUAUAGCGCUUUUGUACUCCUAUGAGCACUCAAAGCGCUUUACAAUUCAUGCCUCACAUUCACUCAUCCACACACACAUUGAUAUGCCAGUGACAGAGGCUGCCAUGCAAGGUGCCAACCUGCUCACCAGGAGCAACUUGGGGUUCAGUGUCUUGAUCAAGAACACCUUAAUGGGGUCAGGAGGAACUAGGGCUCGAACCAGCAACCCUCCGGUUGCCGAACGAUAGCACUACCUCCUGUGCCACCAUCACCCCUUCAUGCACUCUAUAUUUCAAAACGCCUGAUUCAAAUAGAAAGAAAUAGAAACAGAAUCAGAACAUUUCGAGAUAACAGUGGUGCUUUUUAAAUGACUAUCAGUUUUCCCCCUUGAUGUUGCACAUUGGAAAAAAACAAAUACACACUCUUUACAUGAGUACGUAUAAACACAGAUAAAAAAAGACUUUAUAUAGCUAUAUAGGAAAUGAACAUAAGUAUGUUCACUCCCCUGCAUAAUUUUGCAAGGAGUGGGGUAAAAACUCCACAAGUCAUGGACCUUCUAUAUAUCUGGACCUCAAAACUGGCACAACUGCAUUGAUUCCCACUACUUAAUGAACUACAGAUCAAAUCCCUUUUAAAAUAAAUGCGUAACAUAUUUAAACCAAACUGCAUCCUCAAUGCCAAAUAAAAAAUGAAAUGAACAAAUAAAAAAGAAACAUGCAACAAAUAUUAAAUGUUUGUGACUGUGGGUUUAUUUUCCUGACUGUUUUUGGACAGCACAUCGGUCUCCCUGAAAAUUCAGCUUGCAGUCUUGUUCAGAUACAACUGGAACAAGAUGGCACUCAUUAAUUUCUGAAAAUACAAGUUGUGGGACCUGUCCCUUCACUACAUAAAGUGGAUUUCAGGGAUGAACUUAUGUCAUGCAAAGACCUUGGUGCCCAAAAUCUUUCAAUUAUCAUCACUUAAAAUUUUAUACAAUGUGAAGCUUCUUAAUCUGCAAACAGAAAAAUACCUGAAAUGUUUGACAAAUGUAUGUCUUGCCAAAUGUUAUUUUCUAAUUCAGUAUUCGCAGUGCUAGUCUGUCCUGUAGUCAGCAUUUUGAAACAGGAGGAAAUCAGUCAUAUUGUUGGUUAAAUAUUGUUUUGGCUUCUCAUUUGCUGAAGCAGUUGUGUAUAUUGGUGUGUAUUAUCUAAAAGGUACAGUAGUUAUACAUCUUUUAAACAACACUGUAUGUACAUAGAUUCUGGAUUUUUCCUACCUGAUCCUGUCAUUAUAAAAUACUUCUUGCUUCAUUUUAGUAUUUCCCUCAAAGUGUCCCUGUUUUCAUCUUAUUUUCCACGAUCAUUUAAUAAUCAGUGCAAACACAGAACUAAUUAUACAGUUAGUGAAACAAUAAACAGUUCUGCAAAAGAAUCCAGUUAUUCUUACAGUAUCUAACACUUACAGUAAAUACACUGAAGUCUCAGUGGUGAGCGACUGACAGAUUCAUUCUUCAAAACUUGGUAUUUGUCAUGUGAGCACACAAGGGAUAGAUAGUCACUUAGUGAACAGUAAAAACGUUACAGCUGUGGAGAGUGAUGGGAAGUCUUCUAGGGUGUUUGUGGCAUUUAUUUGUGUUUUCAGCAACCAUGUGGAUGAAGUGGGUGAAAAAUGUCAUCAACGUCACAAGAGUUACUUGCUGUGGACUUGCACUGUAAACAAAAACAAAGAACUUUAAAUCAAUGAAGAUAUUUAAAUAACUUUAAAUAUCCAUUGUCAGUGCCAAAUCUUCAAAUACAUAAAUGUUAAUUCUCUUGCAAGGACAAUCAGUUACAGAUAUUCUAAAAGCCAUUCUAGUAAACAUUAUGCUCUGUUCAAGAGAGUAUUCACAAACAUUUAAAGUAGUGUUAAAUUAUGUGAUUAAAGUAUGUAUUAGACAGUGUGAAUUACAUGAUCAAGGCUUACAAUGAUACUAUUAGGCUACGCUCACAUUGCAGGACAAAUGUGGCCCAAAUAAAAUUUUUUGCUAUGUGACUCAGAUCACAUUUUUUCAUGACAUUGUCAACAGCACAAGUCACAUGGUAUCCGAUUUUUUCAAUUCUGAUAUGGGCCACUUCAGUAUGUGGUCAUAAAUCGGAUGCAGGUCUGAUUUUUUGCAAUGCAACCUCAGUCUGAACAGCGAAAUCGGAAUUCGGAAUUUUGCGUUUGUCACAAUUAUGCGCAGGUGGAACAUGGAGGAGAGCACAGAAGUUGGCCAGUUGAAGGCCAGUGAGGUGCUGGAUUUAAUAAGUAUUUGGGGAGAUAGAUCUGUUCAGGCAAAACUGGAAAGCUCAUAUUGUAAACAAACAGUUUUCGAAUCAAUUUGUCUUUGUUUUUGCACAUGCGCAUCAUUGCGUCUGUUGUUUUGUGCGCACGUGGGCCAGUUCAGUAUAGCGAACUGUUCACAUUGAAAUCUGAUGUUGCCCAGAUUAAAAAGAGUAACGUGAACAGGCAAAGAAAAAAUACGAUCUGAGCAGCAAAUCAAAAUUGAGCAUUAAGGCCUGCAGUGUGAACGUAGUCUUAUUGGUUUGUUUCCACACUUCCAUAACUAUUCUUCUUUAAUGAUUGGGCUUGUUCAUCUAUUAAUUUGUUUUCUUUGUUUAACUAGGCAUUUUAAAUAAUUAACAUACUCAAAGAAAGCCAUUUAAAUUAUGUGGGCAUUAUGUGGUAUGUUGUUACGUUGAUGUUAAAUGUCAUUGUCAGUGUUAUCAUGUGCUUAUUCAAUGUUUAAUCAUUAUUCACAAUUAAAAGGUUAACUUUCA